UAGAUGGAAGCGUCCAUCAGUACAGCAACUGACAGCCCAUCUUUGGAUUCUCUCUCUUUCUUUCCCUCUUCUUUCAUUCUAUUUCCUCUGCGAUAAAGAAAAGAAAAGAAAGGAAAAGAAAAACCCAAGCAACGCUUAAUUAUUAGUAAUCAAACUGAGAAAGGAAAGUGAAAAUCCUAGUGCGGAGGAUUAUUUUUCUUUUAAGCGGUUAGACGCUACAAAUGGGGACUCUUCAAACUUGGAGAAAAGCGUAUGGCGCCCUUAAAGAUUCCACCAAAGUCGGUCUUGCUCAUGUCAAUAGCGAUUACGCGGAUUUGGAUGUCGCUAUAGUUAAAGCUACCAACCAUGUCGAGUGUCCUCCGAAAGAAAGGCAUCUUAGAAAAAUCUUGUUAGCCACAUCAGCGAUUCGGCCUCGAGCAGAUGUUGCUUAUUGCAUUCAUGCGCUUUCCCGCCGUUUGGCCAAGACUCAUAAUUGGACGGUUGCAUUGAAAACACUCAUAGUUAUCCAUAGGGCGCUGAGGGAGGGUGACCCGACUUUCAGGGAAGAAAUUUUGAACUUUUCGCAACGAGCACGUAUACUCCAACUUUCUAAUUUCAAGGAUGAUUCUAGCCCUAUCGCAUGGGAUUGCUCUGCCUGGGUACGUACAUAUGCUUUGUUUUUGGAAGAGAGACUUGAAUGCUUUAGGAUUCUGAAGUAUGACAUUGAAGCUGAGCGCCUCCCAAGACCUUCCCAGGGGCAGGAUAAGGGUUACAGCAGAACGAGGGAUUUGGGCAGCGAAGAAUUGUUGGAGCAGUUGCCUGCUCUGCAGCAAUUGCUUCAUCGUCUCAUUGGCUGCCGGCCAGAAGGUGCUGCUAUAGGAAACUACGUUAUACAGUAUGCUUUGGCUCUGGUAUUAAAGGAGAGUUUCAAAAUAUAUUGUGCUAUUAAUGAUGGAAUUAUCAAUCUUGUUGACAAGUUUUUUGAGAUGCCAAGACAUGAAGCUGUCAAAGCACUUGAUGUAUACAAGCGAGCUGGUCAGCAGGCUAAUAGCCUUUCUGAUUUCUAUGAAGUUUGCAAAGGAUUGGAACUUGCUAGGAACUUCCAGUUUCCUGUUCUUCGGGAGCCACCACAAUCUUUUCUUGCUACCAUGGAAGAGUACAUUAGAGAAGCGCCACGUGUGGUUUCUGUUCCAACAGAACCUGUGCUUCAAUUAACAUACAGACCUGAGGAAGGUCCUUCUGAAGAUACAAAAUCAUUCAAUGAUGAACCUGAACCAUCUGCGCCUGCUGAUGAUGUUGCAGUUUCCAGUGUCGAGACUGCUCCUCCUCCCCCUCCUGUGCCUCAGACCAAGUUGGACACUGACGACUUACUGGGAUUGAAUGAUGCUGCUCCUAAUGCCUCGGCAAUUGAGGAAAGUAACGCUUUAGCACUAGCCAUUGUUCCAACUGAAUCUGGUACUGCCUCAGCAUUUAAUUCUAGUGCCGGCCAACCAAAAGAUUUUGAUCCUACUGGAUGGGAACUUGCCCUUGUCACUACACCAAGCACUGAUAUUUCUGCACCAACUGAAAGACAAUUGGCUGGUGGAUUGGACUCACUCACCCUCAACAGUUUAUACGAUGAAGCAGCGUAUAGAGCUUCUCAGCAGCCUGUAUACGGGACUGCAGCACCAAACCCGUUUGAGGUACAAGAUCCAUUUGCUGUAUCAAAUAACAUUGCAACCCCUACAGUAGUUCAAAUGGCAGCAAUGGGUCAGCAGCAGAACAAUCCUUUUGGUUCCUACCAACCCACCUAUCCGCAGCAGCAUUUGGUGAUGAGGCCAUCUAAUCCUUUUGGUGAUGCAGGGUUGGGGGCAUUUCCAGCUAACCAAAUGGUCCCAUUUGCUCAACCACAUGCGAAUAAUCCAUUUGGUGGAAGCACAGGCCUAUUGUAGUGUUAAAUACGAGGAGUUGAUGGGUGUGUAUUUUGGUUGGGAGAUGAGAAGAGUGUGUAGAAAGGAUGAAUGGCUUUUAGCACCUGUGUUUUGCACUUGUAUGGGCUGUAAAAGCCAGCCUGUGGAUAUUUAAAGAUGUAAUAAUAAUUUGUUGCUACCAAUUCUUAAA